AUGAGUAACCGUAUUUUGAUCCACACUGACGUUAUCCAGGGGGAAUUCCGCGGAUGCAAGUGCUUGGUCGUGGAUUCGGACAUCUUUUCAGAAACUAGAACGAAGCUAUCUGAAGGGCUGAAAGCGCUCAAUCAGCUACAGCAGAUCUACGACCAUAUUAAUGACUACAUGUCAGAACCCGAAACUAAGUGCUCGUCGUCCAGCAACACGAAAGCUGUUGCGAUCGACAAACGAGCAGCCUAUACUAUGGGCGAGAAGUUCUGUGCCGACUUAGAUUACUCCAAGGAAGCCAAAAAGGACCUGACAAGCAAGGAUAUCGGCAGUUCCAGCUAUAAGGACUUUGUUUUCCAUUUCGAAUACAAACCAGGAAACAAGUGCUACACUAACUGCAAGGAUACUAUCCACAAGAUGGUUUGCUCUGGCUACGACUCACAUUCCAUCCAGCCUGAAAGCAAAGCGACGUUCAAGUGUGGCGCAGAGUAUAGUUUCAAAUUCAGUGUUCCAGAUCACGCCCAAUUCCCCACCGCCACGUCAAAGCCAACAUCACCUGCCAACACGGCAGCCCCUACCAUGGGAGAAGUGACAUGCUUCCCGGAAAGCCGACGCCCCGGCAGCAUAUAUGGAGCGGUACGACCAGAUCAAUAUAAGGCCGCUGUCGAUAAAGCAUGUGAAGCGUUUGCCAAAAAGAACACGCUCCAGGCCAACGAAGGCAGAGGCUCCUAUGUGUACCAGACAAAGGAUGGCCCCGUGCCAUACUGGUUCAAUGUCGGCGUCAACACUGAUGGGCAUUACACCUGCAAGGAUCUAAAACUCGAGGACCCGAUUGGAGACGGCUCGCAUAAAUGCAGUACCAUUUUCAAGGACGAUAUAUUCGGCGGCUGCAAUAACGGUGGCCGGGGAGGCCGUAUCAAAGUCGGAUGUUUGGUAUACUCAUUUGAUGUUUGCAGCGGAAAGGGCGAUAUCCCUAACGAAGGCGCUUGCUCUGGCGGGGGUAUCGGCGCACCGGAGGUGGCCUUUUAA